CCCCGCCCGACGCGCCGCGCUCCGCUCGGGACCAGCAGCGCGGGUCCGCUUUGGAACCGAACAGCCUGGCGUUUGACUUCUGCCUGGUGGAGACUGCGACAACUAGAAAUGUCCUGUUUAGAAGCUCACACGAGCCCUAGCCUCGCUGAUCGAGAUGUAUCCCAGUGACAACAAGGACUGCAGCUCCUAUGACAGCUUCACUGAUACAGUGCUGGAACUCUUUAAGCUCACCAUAGGCCUGGGCGACUUGAACAUACAGCAGAACUCCCAAGUACUCUAUCCUGGUUCUGUUCCUGCUCAUCACCUACGUCAUCCUUACCUUUGCCCUCCUCUUCAACCUGCUCAAUGCCCUAUGGGAGAAACAGUGGAGAAUGUCUCCAAGGACAGUGAGCGCAUCUGGCAUCUACAGGCAGUUUUCUUCCUCGAUGCAAUGCAGAGACAAGACUUUCUCCAAGUUGCCAGAAUUCACCCAGCAGAAGAGCUGCAGCCCAGAGGAGACACCUGCCAUUCUUGUCACAUUCCUCAAGCUUGACCUCUGUCAUCUGGCCACAUCAGAUGCCUGCAACUCGGGAAGGAGAGACAGUUAAUGUUCCUGAACAGUGAGCUGUGUCUCUCUUAGAGGCAAUGUGAGCAUCUGCGAGCAUCACCUCACCAAGGAAAGCAGUAGCCUCAUCUCUGGGAAACCUGGAAAUAUGCUGGAACGAGGGGCAGGUGUGGGGUUCUCGGGUGGUUGGUAGAGAAUGUCAAUGGUACUCUAAAAAUGAGCACAUGCAUUUUGAAAAUAAAGUUACUUAAUCUUGCUUUGACGGGAAA